GAUCGCUGCACCGUCGUCCCCCUGCUUGCAGCUUUACAUGAUGCCGGCCUCCUUUCCACAGCUCAGCUGUCGAGAGGAUUCGAGAAGUUGGUCCUCGCUUGGGAGGACCUGCAACUGGAUGUCCCCGGAGCACCCGGGCUGCUCGUGUCGCUGCUCUCCUCGCGUGUCGGCCUGUUCGACCGGAGCUUGUUCGCUCGACUCCCAGAGGAGCUGCUGGUAAAGGUUUGCGCGGAGCUGCCGGCCAGUGUUGUGCAGCGCACAAUCCGCAGCCAUCUGGAGGAGCUUACUGCCUUCAAGGUGGAGAUGACGAGCAAAGUUGAGCACGACUUGCUCCGCACGGGCAACCCGGAUGGCUUGGCCCACUGGCUUCGGGAAGAGUGCAAGCCCGCUUUCCAUCACGAGGUUGUCGUGGCUGCAUGCCUCAGUUCCUUCAAUGGCCAGCCUAUGGCCGACGCGUUCUGGAUGUCUUGCUUUGACACCCCAGGCCUGAGGGCCGAAAAGAGCCGACUCGUGCUGGAGGCCCUGGUGCAGCUGUCGCAGGACCAGCUUCUGAGCGAAACCGACAUCCAAAUCGGCUUCUCGCGAGUGCUGGGGAUCGUCACCGCUGAUCUCGAGUCAAACUUCAAGGGUGAGGAUCUGACGCAUUUGGUGGCACUUUUGCGUGCGGCUGUCGAGAAAGAGUUGCUCGCCGCACAGUUCCUCAAGAUCGCGCGCCGCUUGCGCUUUGGAGGAUCUAUGGGCGUUGAGGCGCUGCGCACUGCCCAGCGGCAGACGCCGCUUCACUCCCGCCGCGUGUGGGGCACAGGAGACUUGCGCCAGAUGCGGACCGAAAUGCACGACACGAUCGAGGAGUACUUCGACUCACGCAGCACGGAGGAGCUUGCGCAAGUCCUGGAAGAGUUGCACCUGUCGGCGAAAGAGCAGGUGACAUUCCUUCGCAAACUCUUGGUGGCAGGAAUGGAGCGAAAGGAAACUGAAGCAGUGCUCUUUGCCGUUCAGGAGCUGCUUGGCUUCUGCUGGUCAGAACAGGAAGUCGAGGGGGCCUUCCACGAGCUUCGCGACAUUGAAGGGGAUCUGGUCCUAGACUUCCCGGACUGUCGCGAGUGCACAGGGAGGUUGGUGAGGGCUGCCGUGGACCAGGGGCUGCUGAAGGCAUCCUACUUGGCGGUGGAUGCGACGACCCACGUCUGA